AUGGCUCAAGAUAGGCCCGCAUCGCGAGAAAAAGGGGAAUGUUUAGCUUGCGGGCUGGGUGCCGACUACGACGUAGAGGGCCCUCUCAGUGUGCUCAAAGCCUCUGGAGAGAGUGGCUGUGCGCGCUGCAAACUGUUGACGCUAUCCGCGGAACUCUUCUCAAAGCAUUGGACUCUAGACGCUCAAGGUGACCCAACUAUGAUCUUAAACCCAGGCUAUUCCAGCGGUGGGGUUCUGCAGCAUCUUCCGGUAAAUCCAAGAAGUCAAGAGUGUAUCGAGUUCAUCACAUCUCAUCUCGAUACUUGUGAUAGCCACGACAUCUGCAACGCCUCGAGAUUUAACCGAUCCACAGGCGGUCAAAGAGAGGGGAAUCAGAAACCCAGCCGAUUGCUGGAGAUCGUCAACAUGGAUGGCAGCUUAGGCCUUAUCCUCAGAGACACAACAAACAGCGAGCAAAGAUACACCGCACUGAGCCAUUGCUGGGGCUCGCGACAGGAGGCACAAAAGAUUCCAGUUUUGAACGAGACCAACCUCAAGGAACGAUUAUCAAGCGUCUUGAGUCUCUCCAAACUCACCAAAACAUUUCAAGACGCAGUCGAUCUGACCAAUAAGCUGGGCCUCAAGUACAUUUGGAUUGACUCACUGUGUAUAAUUCAAGGAGAUAAAGGAGAUUGGGACAGGGAAUGUACCAAGAUGGCGUAUGUGUACGGGGAAGCCUAUCUUGUCAUAGGUGCGGCGUAUGCAAAAGACGGCAAUGGAGGACUCUACGCCCCUCGACAAACAGGGUAUCGCGUCGAAUUCAAGACACCGGAAGGGAACUCUAUCAGAGCCCUCGUUCAAGAUCUUUCCAAAACGCGAGUGGAGCAUGAGGUUUGGAAAAAUGCCGAGCAUUUCUGGGAAUCCGAUGACAUCCCACUCCUCUCUCGAGCCUGGGUCUUUCAAGAGAGAAUGCUGGCCAAGCGCACCAUCUACUUUACGGCACACGAGCUUGUUUGGGAAUGUGGAACAUGCAUUGAAUGCGAGUGCGGACAGUUGCAAGAUCAAAGGAUUCGUUACGCCAAGUUGGAAGCAGGAGAAAGCGUCAAGACGAAAUACCGACACUGUAUCAACCGGGGCAGCGAAAGCGACAGAAUCACGCUGUGGUGUUAUAUUGUUGCUCAAUACAGCGCAAGAGACAUUACAUAUCACACUGACAGGUUGCCUGCAUUGUCUUCCAUCGCAAAGGAGAUUGGCAGCGGCGAAGGAGUGCUGCUGGGGCAAUAUGUCUGCGGGAUGUGGGAGAAGACACUGCCGCUUCACUUGCUAUGGUAUUCUGAUUACAGAGACACCUCUGGGUAUCCCCGUAUAGGAAUCUGCAACCCGACGCACACGCGGUCAAGCGACACACGCCUACCGUCGUGGUCAUGGCUCUCGAUAGAGGGUAGGGUCAUUAUCCUAGGGGAUGUGGAAAGACUUGGGUUGAGAAUCACGGACAUAGAAUACAGGCUGGCUGGUGAUGAUCCGUACGGGGAAUGCGAAUACGCAGCAAUCACGAUUAUUGGGGCGGUGGUGCCAGUUGAGCUAUCCAGACACCAGUCGGAUGGUGACUCAUGGCUUUACGUCCGGGCACACAGUUCCGAUGGUGGACAACGGCUUUUUGCAGACACACAGCCUUUAGAAUACUCCGAUGAGGAGCUGGCAGAGUUUUGGCUCGUAGCUCUGAAAGUUGGUCUUGCUGAGAGAAGGAGUGGCUCGCGUGGCACUCGCAGUUUGAUUUUGCGACGAGAGCCAGGAAAAGCUAACAAGUAUCGACGAAUUGGAGUGUGUUCCAUCUUUCCUAAUCUUCUUCAUGAAUUGUCGAUUGACCUUUCUCCGCGGUUUUGCAAUUUUUCAACAACUCUGCAGCCCGGCCCUCGAUGGGUUAACUGA